AGAGAGGGCGGGGCGUCGAGCGUCCUUCAGUCUCCCGCAGCCAGGCAGACUACCGAAAUGGCGGCGCCAGCAGAGAGGAUGGAGGGGGAGAGCUCAGCCAAGCCUGCAGCGGAGGAUAUGACAUCAAAGGACUACUACUUUGACUCUUACGCCCACUUUGGCAUCCAUGAGGAAAUGCUGAAAGAUGAGGUUCGCACUCUGACCUAUCGCAAUUCCAUGUUCCACAACAAGCAUCUGUUUAAGGACAAGGUGGUGCUGGAUGUGGGCAGUGGGACAGGCAUUCUCUGCAUGUUUGCUGCCAAAGCUGGAGCCAAGAAGGUUAUCGGGAUUGAGUGUAGCAGCAUCUCAGACUACGCUGUGAAAAUUGUGAAGGCCAACAAGAUGGAUGACGUUGUCACCAUCAUCAAGGGAAAGGUGGAGGAGGUGGAACUGCCUACAGAUGGCGUCGACAUCAUCAUAUCAGAGUGGAUGGGCUACUGCCUCUUCUAUGAGUCCAUGCUCAACACAGUUAUUUAUGCCAGGGACAAAUGGCUGAGACCAGAUGGACUAAUUUUCCCAGACAGGGCAACCCUUUAUGUCACUGCCAUCGAAGACCGACAGUACAAGGACUACAAAAUCCACUGGUGGGAGAACGUAUAUGGUUUCGAUAUGUCCUGCAUCAAGGAGGUGGCAAUUAAGGAACCCCUGGUUGACGUGGUGGAUCCUAAGCAGCUGGUCAGCAGCGCCUGUCUCAUCAAGGAGGUGGACAUCUACACAGUGAAGGCAGAUGAUCUGACCUUCACCUCACCAUUCUGCCUGCAGGUGAAAAGGAAUGACUACAUCCAUGCCUUGGUCACCUACUUCAACAUAGAGUUCACCCGCUGUCACAAGAGGACCGGCUUCUCCACCAGCCCAGAGUCUCCAUACACCCACUGGAAGCAGACUGUCUUCUACCUGGACGAUUACCUGACUGUGAAGACCGGGGAGGAGAUCUUUGGCACAAUCAGCAUGAAGCCAAACAGCAAGAACAAUAGGGAUCUGGACUUCACCGUCGACCUGGACUUCAAAGGUCAGCUGUGUGAGGUGUCGAAGACGUCGGAGUACAGGAUGCGUUAGAAGUCUCUGUCCCUCCUGGUGUUAGUUUGUCUUGAGUAGAGGACAGGUAAUACUGUUUGACUGAGUCUGUACACUAGUUUGAUGCUCCCCAUGCAGCAACAUUUUAGAAACUUCUUUUUUUUGUGGUCAUUUUCUUGUUCAGACGUUAACAGUAUUUAAAAGGUCUUCACAUCCUCUGUCAAUGUGAGUUGUCAUGGUGACAUAGUCGCUAAACAUAACUUGUGUUUGACAUGUGCCCGGUGUUUGAGUCCAACAUGUUCUGGGUUUUCCCCUGAGGUUCUUGUCUUUGCAUGAGUGACACCAUGGCCGCCCACAUGUGUGCACAGUAAUACUGUCAGUCACUUUGGGAUCUCCUUAUGUUUGAUUCUGAUGAAGUCUUGUGUCAUAGACAAGACACCUGUGCACCAAACACCAAAUGCCCUGUUCAAACCAAAAAUAGCCAUGUUUAAGAAAAAAACAAAUGUAUAUCAUAUUGCAAUUUUUGGAAAGAUAACUUCAGAUCCAAAUGUUUACUUGAGACUAAAUACCUUUCUUUUUUUCCCACAUAUUUUUUAUAAAUGAGCUGUCAUUCCACCAUUCAAAACUUUUUUUGUUUUUAAGCUGUGGGCAACUUCUCCUUAGGAGAAUGAUUAACAAACGCCACACUUAAAAAAUAAUUGAAUUUAGUCUGAAUACUGUGACUUAAUUAAACCCUAUUGUUCUCGCGUAACUGUGAACUAUAGACUUAAAGCCUGCUUAGAAUCGGUAUGUGUUUUAUAUUUGGACAGCACUAGAGAUGCUAUUCUUGCAGGCAGCACAGUGAGCUGAGAUACCAGAGGCUGAUUCAAACAUGCUCCUGUUGGGGCCUCUGCUGAGCGAUGGCUGGGUUGCAGCAUUUGAGAUGCUCAAGAUAUCAUCCUAUGGCUUUAAUCCGCUCACACCCUUGAGCAUCAGUAUGUCCAUUAGUGCUUCACAUAAGGAGAAGAUGGCCAUGUGUCCACUGGCCCAUAUCUGUCAGUUUGUCUUGAUCCAGUGGUAACUAUGUUGGCACUGCUGGGAGCUCUGACCCCUUGUUUUUCUCUUUUGUAUUUUUGUCACCUGCUUGUUUUUUUUUUAAGAAAAUAAAACUAAUAAACUUUUAUUG